AUGUUAAGAGAUGCGCCUUCCGAUUUUCGUGUCACCGAUACUCCCGAUGAGUCCCAUUCUUCUGCGGCAUCGCUUCCUCCAUCUCUCGAAACUACCCAACAUAACUCAAAUCUGGACAUUCCUACCGUAUUAAAUAAUUUUAGCAGUUAUAUGCCUAUCGGAUAUUUCGGAGAUAGACCGACCAUCCCUAAUAUUCAUGGAAUGUAUCAUUCUUCCUCAUUAAACCACGUUCAACAAACACAGAACUACGCUCCUGUAUUUAUGGAAAACUACCAACACUCAUUCCCAUCUUACUACUGCGAACUAAAGCCUGAUUUGCGAAACAGUUACUCGGAACAGUACAGAAAUGACUUGUACAGUCACGACCAAAGCUACUCGGGAAAGGACUCUGUGGACUCGGACGGGCCAUGUGGGGGGUCGGAGGAGAUAAAUACGCGGGAAUUGUCUAUGCAAAUCAUUGCCGAGUUGAAAAGAUUCAGCAUUCCUCAGGCAAUAUUUUCAAGUCGAGUGCUGCGGAGGAGUCAAGGAACUCUCUCUGAUUUAUUAAGGAACCCAAAGCCGUGGAGUAAACUAAAAUCAGGCCGAGAGACCUUCCGGCGAAUGAGAAGGUGGAUCAUGGAACCAGAAAAUGAGCGAGUGACUCAGCUAAGAGAUGCAGUGCUCCACAGAAAGGAUUUGGACCACCAUCACCAUUCCAAGAGGAGUAAUACUAAUAAGAAGCCCAGACUUGUGUUUACUGACUACCAACGUCAAACACUCAAUGAUGUCUUUAAGGACUGUCGACGCCCCUCCAAGGAGAUGCAGACCACUCUUGCCACAAAUCUGGGACUGGAAGUUACUACUGUCGGCAAUUUUUUUAUGAAUGCCCGACGAAGGAGUGUCGACAAAUGGAAUGACGACCCCCUGAAAGAGGAUCAUCCAUUUUUGGCAUCUUCUAUCAACACGGACUUUCCCCAACUGUUUCAUAAGGAACACACAUUAAGUCACGUAGAUAAUCUUAAUGACCAAUAAUAAUUCUUUUAUUUAGAAAUGA